AUGGUUGGGUCGGUGCCGCCGCCCGUCGGUCGGACAGGCAGCUUUCAGAGAGAGGUCUCGUCUGAUGGCCUGACCGGCUCGGACUCCAGAGAGGAAACCAGCGACCAUGGCAGUUCUCUUGGGCAGCACGCCUCGACGGCCACUGUCAACCUUGUGCUCAGGGCGCCUCGCAGGAUCCAUUUCGAGGCGCCCAGCGAGACAGACUCACCAGCAUGUCGCGGCCGCCCGGUGGAGCCGCGCCGCCAAGGGACACCGAGCAAGAGCCGCAAGGGGCGCUCCUGGGGCGCUACCAUCAUCCCAAUACGGACCAACGCCGAGGGCAAGAUGGAGGUGCUGUGUGCCCAGAGCACGAUGGUGAACUACCUCAUGACGCAGAAGUCCUCCGAGCCAGUGCUGAUGAACUGCCCCUGCGACGUGCGCAUCCUGGGCGGCCUCUACGCCCCAGGCCAGAGGACACCCCUGGACACCAUGAUCGCUGGGCUCACAGCCGCGGGGGUGAGGGGCUCGCAGCGGUACGUGCGGUCGCACGUCGCGGAGCGGGUGCUGCUGGAACGGGCCGCGCUACACCUCAGGCUGUUCAGCAUGACCCCCCACGAUGAGACUACGAGGGCGGCAGCCAAGGUGUUCCAUUUUGUAUGCACCAUGGACGCCACUGUCGGCAACACCUUCGCUGAGACCCUCAACAGAAUGGUGAAGGUGCAGCUUGACUUCUGCGAGGCUAUGGGCGACGAGCUGUUCUCCAUGAAGCAGGCCUCUCGGGCGCCCAUGUGCCCCAAGUUUGUGGAGGUACGCUGGUUCGGCGCCGAGGAGCUAUUGGAGCACCUCUCGCGCCCAUUCUUCAACGACUACAUGCGCGAUCAGUUCCAGAAGCACGGCGUCGGGAACCAGGAGCGGGAGUCGUCGAUCCGGCGGAACCCACACCGGCGCGUGCUGACAGAGCUCUGUUCCUUGACGUUCGAGGAGGCCCUGAAGAGAGCUCGCCUCUUCGAGGGGAGCCUGCGGCAGCUUUCCAACGACGAGAUGGCGGCCACGGACUACUCCGAGCUGCAGGACUCUGCAAAUGGGCUCCUUUCCUCUGUGCGAUCAUUCAACCUCAACGUCCUGCCCUGGGGCGCCUCCGCGUUCGGCUCCGGGCAGGGGCGGCACGCCCUGCCCCGCCUCCUCCACUUCCUGCAGGCGAUCGGCGAGCGGCGCGCCGGCAGCCUGGCGCCGGACGUGCUGGCGCUGCAGGAGCUCUUCGCGACGCCCUUCGUGCCACCGAGCUGCCUGCAGAGGUACGCGGUGCGAGAGAUGGCCAAUCUGGCGGAUUUCGCAGCCACCGGGCCGAAGCCUUCGCUGUUUGAUCUCUUUCGCGAUAGGAAAUGGACAGACUCGGGCUUGGUAGUGUUUAGUCGCUUUCCCAUCAUCAAGCAAAAGUUUAUCAAGUUCACGUCGAGUUCUGGCUUAGACAGUGGGGCGACAAAGGGUGCGCUUUGGGUGCAGCUCGAGAUUAGCAGCAGCGGGAAAUGCAUCGAUGUUAUCAACUGCCACCUGCAGGCCUCUCACACAGGGGACAAGAGCGACACCUUCCAGAAAAUCCGCAGGUCCCAGCUCAGUCAGCUUCGUGAGCUGGUUCAGGAGGCGGGGCACGAGCGUGUGCGCCCCCUCCUGCUCACCGGCGACUUCAACGUGGACGCCAUCCCGGAGCCCUCGGACCCCACGGGCUCCUAUGGGCUGGCUCUCCCGAGGGAGCGCAAGGAUUCCAAGGACUACGAGCAAAUGCUGCAGGUGCUGGACCCCGACGGAGACCUGGUGGAUCUGCUCAACGGGCCCACCAGGGAGAGCCCCCUGAAGAAGGGGUGGGGCCAGCACCCCUGCACGCGCCCGCCCCGGCUGAAGCUGCCGAUGUCGAUGCAGUACAGGGCCCGGCACAAGUACCCCCAGCGACUCGACUACGUGUUCUACUGGCCGUCCCUCUCCUCGCUCGUGGAGCACAGGGAGACGUGGAUCGACGAGUUCAAGGCCAGUCCGUCGCAGGCCAUCCUCGAGCAAAUCUCGAAGGAAGAACAGACUGCAUUGGCGUAA